AUGCCUCCAUUCGUCUUCACAGCCUCAAAAACAGCCCUCAUCACCGGGGGCGCAUCAGGCAUCGGUCUGGCCGUCGCCAAGAAAUGCCUCGGCCACGGCAUGAAGGUCCUCAUCGUCGACAACAACGAGGGCUUCCUGGCCUCGGCACAACGUAGCUUGGGAGAAGACAAGGUCUCAGCCGCCAAAGCAGACGUCAGCAGUCUCAGGGACUGGGCUCAUCUCAAGAAACGUGUCGACAGCGAUUUUCAGGGCCGCAUCGACUUCCUCUUCCUCAAUGCCGGGAUCCAGCCUUCUUCCGCGUGGGACGACCCCUCGACCUUUCAAACAAUCUUCAACGCAAACCUCUUUGGCGCAUCACAACCCCCGCCCCCCCCCGGCAACCCAGCCUACAACGCCAGCAAAUCCGCCGUCAAGCCCAUCGCCGAACACCUCUCCUACGACCUCCGCGACUCUUCUCCCAACACCAGCGUUUUUCGUCUCGUGCCCGGAUGGACGUUUACAAGUCUCGGGCGCAGCGAAGAGAAACGCACGUCGGCAGAGAAGCCUGCUGCUGCGUGGACUCCGGAGCAGGUUGCCGACUACUUGGAGGCCAAGAUGGCGAAAGACGAAGUUUAUGUGAUUUGCCCCGAUAACGAGGUGACGGAGGCGAUGGACGCCAAGAGGAUGCUCUGGGCUGCAGAGGAUGUUGUUCAGCGGCGGCCGGCACUGAGUCGGUGGAGGAAGGAGUACAAGGAGGAAUUUGAGGCGUGGGCGAGGUCUUGA